AUGAAAUAUGAAGGAGGACUGGGAUUGAGACCGCUAAAGGAGGUGAAUCAAGUUAGCUGUCUCAAACUCAUUUGGAGAAUUCUAUCGACUCACUCGCUUUGGGUGAAUUGGAUCAAGGUCUAUCUUAUUAGAAAAGGCUCACUUUGGAUGAUUAAGGAUAAUACACAGAGUGGGUCUUGGAUGUGGAGGAAAAUUCUCAAGAGUAGAGAGAUGGCGAAGCAUUUCUACAAAGUGGAGGUGGGAAAUGGUCGAGGAACUUCUUUUUGGUAUGAAAUGUGGAACCCAAUGGGUCGUUUGAAGGAAGUGGCAGGGGAGGGCAGUCAUAUAGACAUGGGUAUCUUGAUGAAUGCAAAAGUAGAGGAUUGCUUAAAUCACAGGAAGAGGCAUCAUCGAAUACAAAUACUCAACAGAAUAGAGAUGGAGAUAGAGAAGUUCAAAGAUAAUAGUAAUGAGGAAGCGGAUAUUCCUCUAUGGAAGAAUGAGAAGGGUAAGUACAAAAGGAAAUUCUCUACAAAAAGUACUUGGCUUAGUAUUAGAGAAAAACAUCAGCCUUGUUACUGGCAUCAAGCGAUUUGGUUCAAACAUGCAACCCCAAAGUUCUCAGUUGUUACUUGGAUAGCUAUACGGGGGAGACUAGCAACGGGUGAUAGAAUGAGAAACUGGAAUGGUGCUGCUGAUAUUUCCUGUGUCUUAUGUCGAGAGCCUUUGGAGACAUUAUAUCACCUCUUUUUUGAGUGUCCUUACUCAGCUCAAGUGUGGGAGGCAUUAACGAAAGGCAUUCUUCAUGAUCAGUAUACUGUUGAUUGGGAAAGGAUCAUUAGAAUGCUUGUGGAGAGUCCAAAUUGGAGCAGAUUGCAGAUGUUCACAAUGAGAUAUGUUCUGCAGGCAACGGUUCAUACUAUUUGGAGAGAGCGCAAUAGGCGAAGGCAUGGAGAAGAUGCAGUGCCUGCAGAAGUUAUGAUAAGGAGGUUGGAUAAGAAUGUGAGAAAUCAGUUCACUGUGGUUCAAAGAAGAGGAGACAAGGAAUAUAGAGAAGGGAUGUCUUUUUGGUUUGGUACUAGAGGAUAG